ACGUGAGAUAAAACCGUAAAACUUCCUUCUCUGUUGCCUUCCGUUGUCUUCACACAUUAACGUGGGCAGAAUGGCAGCCUCCGCUAUCUUCAUCCUGGACCUGAAAGGCAAGGUGCUUAUAUGCCGAAACUACAUGGGCAACAUUGACAUGAGUGAGAUUGACCACUUUAUGCCCAUCAUGAUGAAGAGAGAGGAAGAAGCAGAGCUAUCGCCGCUUGUGACGCAUGGCUCCACCCACUUUUUAUACAUUAAACACAGCAACCUCUACUUGGUAGCAAUGACCAAGAAGAAUACAAAUGCUGCCCUUGUGUAUUCCUUCCUGUACAAAAUAGUGGAGGUCUUCAAAGAGUAUUUUAAAUCCUUGGAGGAGGAGAGCAUACGAGACAACUUUGUGACUGUGUAUGAGUUAUUGGAUGAGGUCAUGGAUUUCGGGUUGCCUCAGACCACUGACAGCAAGAUCUUACUAGAGUAUAUCACCCAGCAAGGGCAUAAACUGGAGGUUGGGGCUCCUCGCCCACCGGCAACGGUUACCAAUGCAGUGUCCUGGAGGUCAGAGGGCAUCAAGUAUAGGAAAAAUGAAGUGUUCAUGGAUGUCAUUGAGUCUGUCAACUUACUGGUCAGUGCUACAGGCAGCGUCCUGCGCAGUGAGAUUCUGGGCUGCAUCAAACUGAAAGUGGUUCUCUCAGGCAUGCCUGAGCUGAGGCUGGGGCUCAAUGACAAAGUGCUCUUCGAGAUCACUGGCAGAGAGAAGAGUAAGUCAGUGGAGCUAGAGGACGUUAAGUUUCAUCAGUGUGUGCGUCUCUCUCGCUUUGAGAAUGACCGAACCAUCUCCUUCAUUCCCCCUGACGGAGAGAGUGAACUCAUGUCCUAUCGACUUAACACCACAGUGAAGCCCCUCAUAUGGAUCGAAAGCAUGAUUGAGAAGUUUUCUCAUAGCCGAGUAGAGAUCAAAGUUAAGGCCCGCAGUCAGUUUAAGAGCCGCUCCACAGCCAACAACGUAUCCAUCCUGGUGCCCGUGCCCAGUGACGCUGACUCACCCAGAUUUAAGACGAGCACUGGCCACGCCAAGUGGUUGCCUGAGAAGAGUGCUGUUGAGUGGGUCAUCAAGUCCUUCCCAGGAGGGAAGGAGUACAUGAUGAGGGCUCACUUUGGACUGCCGAGUGUGGAGAGUGAUGAACAAGAAGCAAAGAGGCCGAUUACUGUGAAUUUUGAAAUCCCUUAUUUCACUGUGUCUGGGAUUCAGGUCCGAUACCUAAAAAUCAUUGAGAAGAGUGGCUACCAGGCGUUACCAUGGGUACGAUACAUUACACAGAGUGGAGAUUAUCAGCUGAGGACAAACUGAUGGGAUUUGUUCAGAGCGAUGGCUGUUUGUGCAGACUGUCCUGGCCUUCUGUUCUCCUCAGAGCGAGAGAGAGAGCGAGAGCGAGAGCGAGAGAGAGAGAGAGAGACAGCUCUGUGCUGUUCUCAAACAUCACUGAACCGGUUACAGCCUCUCUCUCUUACACUUUAUCUAUGUUAGUGUGUGUGUGUGUGUGUGUGUGAGAAAGAGAAAAAGAGAGAGAGAAAGACAGUAAGUUUGCAUGUGCAUUAAAGGGUCCAUGUCCUGUGUUCGUUUUGUAUGUUAUUGUUUUCUCUUUGAGGUCCACUUAUAAAAUUUGUGUGGUUUUAUGUACCAAAAGCAGUCAGAAUUCAUUUUUAUAUGGCCAUU